CCUCUACCAAAAAUACUGAUCGAGCAGGCGGGCUUCCCUCCUGGUGUCAUCAACAUCAUGAACGGAUAUGGUUCAACAGCAGGGCAGGCAAUCUCUGACCACCCUCUUAUCGAGAAAGUUGCAUUCACUGGCAGCGACGGAAAAUUAUGGAGGCUGCUGCCAAGAGCAACUUGAAGUCUGUCACUCUUGAGCUUGGCGGAAAGAGCCCCAAUAUCAUCUUCGAUGAUGCCGACCUGGAGCAGGCAGUCAAGUGGGCUAUCCACGGUAUCUACUUUAACCACGGUCAGAAUUGUUCUGCAGGUUCUCGUAUCUUUGUUCAAGAGGGCAUAUACGACAAGUUCUUGGACAAGUUCAUUUCAUCACACAUGGCUGAUAUAGUGCCUACGGCGCAUCACAUUCAGGGUUUGAACCCCUCCAUCAAGCACCUCUAUAUCACCAAGACCGCAAACCAGGACCCGCUUCUGAUCCACAUCCCUGUUGACAUCCGGGAGCAUGCUUUCUACCUCUAGUAUCUUCAAGUUUAAGUUUGAUUACCUGAAUGCCAUUUGGACCGUCAUCAACUCUGAGGCGAGCCUCACGAAAUUGUUAGUGUAGGGAGCUCAGCUUGUUCCUGGACCCGACUUAGGUUGGCAUACAAUUUGGAUCGCAAUCGUUUUUUUUAGUUUCCUGCACUGGUUCGAAAAAUAACGGGUCCAGGGGUGCCCGGAGAGUUGUUGUAUAAGUAGUAAGUGUAGUUAGUGCGCACUCACCGUUUAGG